AUGGCGGCCCCUAUCACCCUCCGUCUCCCCUCAAAAUAUCGUGACGCCUCCCAAUCCUCUGAAGGCUCCCCCGCCCCUUCAUUCACCCCGCCGACUCUAGGAUUCCUCCACCGCACCUGGACAGUAACCCACUCGACCCUGCGCAUGUGGCGCUCCGCCCGCAACGUGCGCAUCACCUACGGCCCCUUACCGUCGUCCAAGUCCAGGGACCGGCUCUCCGACCUGGUCGAGUAUGAGCCCCUCUCCGGGUCGUCGGGAGGGGUCAGGCGGGUCGCGGGCGUCGACACUGCCUCGUCGGCGGGCGACACGAGUGUUUGGGACUGGAGGGGCAGUGGGUGGCUCUUUUUCGUGGGCAGCCAGUGGGAGGUGCUCGGGUGGGGGGAGUGGGAGGUACCCGGUGCUAACGGGGAAGGGGAGGGGGAGAAGGAGAAGGAGAGGUGGGUUGUUACGUGGUUCGCGCCGACUCUUUUCACUGCGGAGGGGGUGGAUGUGUAUAGUGAUCGGAUGGGGGGCGGGAGUGAAGGGCUGGUUGAGGAGGUGAUGGCCGAGUUGGGGCGGGUGACGGAGGGGAAGGGGAAAUUGGGCGAGAUGGUCAAGCGGGAUAUGAAGGCUGUGGCUGUACAAUUGCCUUGGAAGGAAGUGUAG